UGAAGGUGUAAAAUGAUCUCAGAAGGAAAAGUUUAUUGUUGGUGUUUUUACACCUGAGCGCGUGAUGCUGCGGCGUGUGUGAUCACGUGACUCACAGCAGCCACCUGAGUUCCGGUUCCAGCAGAACUUCAGCUGAAUUCAGGCUCUGCUGCCCCGGACCUUCACCCCGGACCUCCACCUCCACCCCGGGGCAGAGUUCAGCCUCGUGCUCGCGUGCAGAUUUUCCUCAAGCCAUGACCUCAGCAGAGCAGCAGAAAGGGCGUGAGACAUCUCAGAGAAGAUCUCCACUGGAUCUGAUCAUUAAUCAGUUCCGGCGAAAAACCACUUACACUGCAAAAAAGAAAGCAUCCCUGGGCCACGUGUUCCGUCCGUCUGAGAGCAACAACGUGAAGAAUGAAGGGAUUCCCGAGGCGAGAGAGACGGAAGGCGGUGAGGAGAGAGACAGAGCAGAGAGCAGCGACAACGCCGAGAUCUCCUCUGUGGUGGGAUGGAGUGCCGUCCAGCAGUUCGUCCAGAAGCUCGGCAAAACUCCAGACAGCCGGAAUCUGAGUCUGAGCCACUGCGAUCUCACGGCAUCGGACAUCACAGAGCUUGGAACUUUGCUGCCAUUCCUGACCCAGCUGGAGGUGAUGGAUCUCUCCUGGAAUGACCUGCUAGGAGGCUCUCUGGAAGCCCUGAGUGUCCACAUGCAGCAUGUUGGCAAGCUGAAGGUCAUGAAGCUGAGCGGCUGCAGACUCACGGCUCAGGAUCUCCGAGCUUUGGGAGAAGCUCUGGAUUUUGUACCGGGGUUGGAGACGUUGGAUUUGUCCUGGAACUCUGGGAUCGGGGAAGGAAAUCUUCAUCAUCUAACCGAACAUCUCCACUUCACCAGCUCUCUGAGGGAGCUUUAUUUACUCGACUGCCAGCUCUCGGAGACAGACAGUGUGGCAUUGGCAAGGGCACUUUUACUCCUGCCGUGUCUGGAGGCUUUAGAUUUGUCCAGUAACAAGCUGCAGAUGAGAGCGUUGGAGAACAUCAGCUCGUCUCUGAGCUCCACGCCGCAGCUGAAGAGUCUGAGGAUGAGCAGGUGUGGACUGAAUCAGGAAAGUCUCGUGAUCCUGGGAGAGAAAAUGAAAUUCCUCAUGGGUUUGGAGCAUCUGGACGUGUCGUGUAAUAAAGAGUGUGGUGGUGGUUUCAGUGCGAUGGUGUCUGGUCUGUCCCUCCUCACACACCUGAGAUGUUUGGAUCUGCACAGGUGCUGCCUCACGGCAGAGGACGUUCAGACACUGGUCCAGGUUUUUCCCAGGCUGACUGAACUCUCUGAACUUGAUCUGUCUUUCAACAAAAGUAUUGGCCCCCUGCUCCAGUCUCUCUUCCCCGUUCUUCAUGGAGCCACGAUUACGACGCUUCAGCUGAGUGGCUGCAGUCUGAGUCCGGAGGCCUGUCACGCUUUAACUGCCGUCCUGCCGGCACUUUCACAGCUGCGGAAUCUCGGUGUGUCGUGGAAUAAAAGUGUUGGUGGAAACCUGCAGCAGUUUGUGGAGCAUCUUCAGGUGGAGUGUAAACUGGAGGAACUGAAGCUGAGCAGCUGUGACCUGAAUGCUGAUGACCUGCUGCACUUGCAAUCGGCGUGUAAACGUGGAGUUUUGUCGAAUCUGAAGCUUUUAGAUGUUUCGUAUAACGGCCAUGUGGGAGACGCAGGCUGGGCCUCGCUCUUCAGAGAAGCAGGAGGACUGAAGCAGCUGCAGGAGCUGGAUAUCAGUCUACGUCCUGGCGCCUGUCUGUCUGCGUCUGCGUGGGUAUGGGCUCUGAUGGACGCUCUUCCUCGGCUGGAGUCUCUCCAGCAUCUGUCUGUGCAGCGCUGGACUCUCGGCUCUGAAGAGAGACAGAAACUGGAGAAAAGCCUGAAGAAGAGGAACGUGGUCCUGGAGAGUGAUGACGUGAACAUGCAGAACAUUGCAGGUUAAACUGACGCCAUGUGGACUGAUGGCACUAAUGUUCUAUAGUAUCAGUUAUUUCAUAGAAAAGUGAAUCAUUAAUCAUCUUUAUAAUGUAAUAUUAAUAAUUAACCAAAUCAAUAACUAAUAUUUCUGUGGAACUGAUGAUAUGCUGAAGAUGUUUGUAGCAGUCAUAAGUAAAGCUGUAACUUUCUGUACGUUUUUACUUCCGUGAUUUAUAUACUGAUUUACGAGAGAAUGAGGAGAGACGGCGAGAGAACGAGUGUUUAUAGCAACCUCACAAUUCUAGUAGAUAGAAAAAUAAAUGUUUUGGAAAUUUCUGUGGUAUAGAAGAAAUAAAACUCUUGGGGAUGUGCUGCUGUAGGAAA